CCAUUCGCCUGUUGAGUUCGCUACAGUCCUUCUGCUCAACUGACAUAAUACAAAGGGAAAAAACAAAAAUGUAGUAGAAAUUAUUCUUCUUGACCUGGCAAACAAAAAUACCAAGUAAAUAUCUUUUCCAUUUCUACAAGAGCCAUACGUUGCGUGAAAUUAGGGGCUCCUAUCCAAGUGCUUACUUCGUAUCAAAGGCGUUUGAUAAUUUGCCUGAGAGAAAACAUGAAUGUUCUGAGCAGCCAAGCUGCAGGCGGAGCAGCAGUGGCGGCAGUAUCCUGUACCCAUCGCUGUUCCCUUCAAUUUACAAAUCCAGUUCCUCCUCUUUUCUCCAAUCGCAGACCACCCAAAUUCCCACCCGCUAAUACUCAUAAUUUCCCCAGACGCCGCACUGUUGCCAAUGCUGAAUCCACCACAAGCCGCCCCUCUGCUACUCCUACUGGUCCUUCCACUCCCCCCAAUUCCGCCAAAGAGGAUGUUCCCAUCACUUUGGUGGGCGAACAGGAUGUUCCUCUAGAGGGUGUCAUUCAAUUCGAAAAGCCCACUUCUUCCCCUUCUACCCUCAUUUCUAAAUGGGGGUGGGUGGCUUUGUUGGCCGGUGGGGAUGCGUUGGCAUUGCUCUUGUUCUCAGCAAUUGGAAGGUUUAGUCAUGGCUUUGACGUUUUUGACCUCGAGACGUUGAAAACUGCGGACCCGUUAAUGGCUGGGUGGUUCUUGAGUGCUUAUUUCCUUGGAGGAUAUGGGGAAGAUGGUCGAGGCAUGAAUGGCCGCUCUCAAGCUAUAACUGUAGCUGCCAAGUCUUGGGCUUUGGGCAUUCCGCUGGGCUUGAUAAUAAGAGCAGCAACAGUCAGGCAUAUUCCGCCAAUCAACUUUAUCUUAGUAACCAUGGGAAGUACUGCUGUGUUACUAAUUGGAUGGAGAGCACUGUUGUUUAGCACAUUCUAUCCUGACAAAAGCAAGAAGAAUGAUGUCUAUAGACGGGGGAGCCCUUUUGAACUGUUUGAGUUGCUCACGUCAUUGGUGAGAAGGUGGUAGAUCAGGUAGUGACUUCCUACAAAUUUGUACAUGCAUUUCCUCUUUUUAUGUAAGAAGUGACAUUUUAGAAGCAAUCACAGUUUUGUUUAUGAUGUUUGUUACCUGUAUGUAUAGAAUUUCUACCACUUGAAGAAGAGCUUGUUUUUAAUAAUAUUAUUAAACAUGUAGCAAAGAAAGUCCAUAAUGAAGAAUGAAGCCCUUGUAAUGCUUUUCCACAUGCUCCUCAUCUUCUAAAUAUAUCCUGCAAUCCAAGGACU